AUGAUAACAACAUUACUUAAAUCAGUAUUUCCUUCAGGGAUUCCAUCACUAGAACUGACAACAUCUGAUGUACUAUCAACUGAAACUUCCAGCAAGGAAUCCACUUCAGUUAAGCCAGAAACAACUUCAGAAACUUCCGAAAAUGGCCCAAGAGACAUCACCCACCCUUCAAUUAUAAUGACAACAUUACUUAAAUCAGCAUUUCCUUCAGGGAUUCCAUCACUAGAACUGACAACAUCUGAUGUACUAUCAACUGAAACUUCCAGCAAGGAAUCCACUUCAGCUAAGCCAGAAACAACUUCAGAAACUUCCGAAAAUGGCCCAAGCGACAACACCUACCCUUCAAUUAUAAUAACAACAUUACUUAAAUCAGCAUUUCCGUCAGGGAUUCCUUCACUAGAACUGACAACAUCUGAUGUACUAUCAACUGAAACUUCCAGCAAGGAAACAACAUCAGCUAAGCCAGAAACAACAACAACAUUUUUCGCUGAUAAGCGAAUGAGUUCAUCAUCUACAACAGAAAGAUCUGCGCCUUCUUCAAGUAUUUCGACCAUGGCUGCAACACCUUCAGAGGUUCCAUCAACUGAAAUUUCUGGAAAGGAAACAUCAGCUAAGCCAGAAACAACAACAACAUUUUUCGCUGAUAAGCGAAUGAGUUCAUCAUCUACAACAGAAAGAUCUGCGCCUUCUUCAAGUAUUUCGACCAUGGCUGCAACACCUUCAGAAGUUCCAUCAACUGAAAUUUCUGGAAACGAAUCCACAUCAGCUAAGCCAGAAACAACAACAACAGUUUUGGCUGAUAAGCGAAUGAGUUCAUCAUCUACAACAGAAAGAUCUGCGCCUUCUUCAAGUAUUUCGACCAUGGCUGCAACACCUUCAGAGGUUCCAUCAACUGAAAUUUCUGGAAAGGAAACCACAUCAGCUAAGCCAGAAACAACAACAACAUUUUUCGCUGAUAAGCGAAUGAGUUCAUCAUCUACAAGAGAAAGAUCUGCGCCUUCUUCAAGUAUUUCGACCACGGCUGCAACACCUUCAGAAGUUCCAUCAACUGAAAUUUCUGGAAACGAAUCCACAUCAGCUAAGCCAGAAACAACAACAACAGUUUUGGCUGAUAAGCGAAUGAGUUCAUCAUCUACAACAGAAAGAUCUGCGCCUUCUUCAAGUAUUUCGACCAUGGCUACAACACCUUCAGAUGUUCCAUCAACUGAAAUUUCUGGAAAGGAAUCAACUUCAGCUAAGCCAGAAACGACAACAUCACUUUUGUCAGAAAAGCCAAAGCCAGAAACAACAUCAACAAUUAGACCAGAAACUUCUUCAUAUAUUGCAUCAGUUACAGAAACGACAUCAUCCAAUCUGCAAUCAAUCACAAAAAGGUUUCCUACUUCGAGUGCUCCAACAACAAUAAAACCAAAAUCGACAGUUCCUCCAACAGCUAAAAGAACAUUAAAAAAAAGGAUGUUUGAAGAAGCAACGACACAUGCAAUGCCUCCGACUACUACUAAAACUACAGUUAAAGAAAUAAUUGAAGAUCAAGACUAUGAUAAUGAUGAUUAUAAACCGCCUGACCAGGAAUUCUUGAGUGUAAAUUUUGGUGAUCAAGAGAUUGUAAAAACAAUGGGAUAA